GGAGGUGGAAGCGGGUGGGGAGGGGGGCGGGGCGGGCCGGGAGUCCCACGGGGGGGAGCGGGAGGAGGGCAGCGAGAUGGAUGACAACGAGGAGGACGGCAGCAAUGAGUUCGACUUCGCCGCCAACCCCACGGAGAUAGAGAAGGAGGAGCACGAUCAGGUGGACGCCUACGCCGCCGACCAGUUGCCGGGGCCGUCGGGGCUGCAGGGGGGCCCCCCAGUGCUGGCGUGGGGCGAGGAGGGCGAGGGCGGCUUCCCCCACAAUCUCUUCGGGGGUGACGACGCGGCGGCCCAGCAAGCGCUGCAGCUCCUCCAGCAGACGGACCCGCUGCUGGCGCCGCCCGUGGUGACGGCGGGUGAGGGCCGCGCCAGGCCCUGCCCCUUCUGCGGCAAGUCUUUCCGGCGCAGCGACCACCUGCGCAGCCACAUCAGGACGCACACGGGGGAGAAGCCGUUCGCCUGCCCCGUGUGCCCCUACCGCGCCGCGCAGAAGAUCACCAUGGACCGGCACGUGCGGCGGCACCACAUCCAGCAGCAGCAGCAGCGCCAGCAGCAGGAGGCGGCGGCGGCGGCCCUGCUGGAGCAACAGCAGCAGCAGCAGCUGCAGGAACAACCACAAUAGCAGCCCCGCUGGCGGCCCCGCAGAGGCGUGCCCCGCCCCCCGCUUCGACGCGGGUCUGGGGCGCCCGCCGCCGGCAGCCCAGCGGGACCCCGGCUGCCCGGGGCGGGGCGGCGCUGGCGAGGCUGCCGGCGGCGCGGGGCGGGGCGGGGCGCGGCGGCCGCCCCGUGC